GCAGUCGAACUUUGGUGCGGUACGCGUACGGUGCAAGCAUGCAUGCAGUGAUAAAGUAAACCGAGGACUUUCAGCUCGUUACGUGAGACGAGAAGAUGGGAUUGAAGCGAAUAGAAAACAUCGCACUCGCGUUGUUUUUAACCAACAUUACCAUGUUGGCAGGGACAUCAGUAUAUUUCUUGGAUAUAGAAGAACUCAAAAGCAUCCAUUAUGACAUAGAUAUCCUUGAAAAUCCUGUUUUAUAUGGAAGACCACUCCAUACUGAGGUAGUUUACUUGAGUUCUAAGUUUGGACAGCGUUAUGAAUGCCAACUUCCUGAUGUUGCUGAUGUUGGUAAAGUGCAAGAAGAAGAGAAGUCUGCUGCUGAAACAGGAAUAUCAGAUCUUCUCAAACCCAUGGAACUUGCACCCUGCUUACUCAAGAACAAAGAUUGGUGGACUUAUGAGUUCUGCUAUGGAAAACAUGUUCGACAAUUUCACCUAGAAAAUAGUCAAGUUUCAGGGGAAGUGAUAACUAUUGGCAUCUUUGAAUCUGAAAUGGACUGGAAAAACAAAAGCCAUUCUGCUGCAAAAAGACAUCGAUUGAAUCGAUACCACAGUCAUCGCUAUGUCAAUGGAUCAAAUUGUGACUUGACUGGUAAACCAAGAGAAGCUGAAGUUAGAUUUUUAUGUGCUGAGAACGAGCUUGAUACAAUGACUAGGAUUGAUGAGCCAGAAUCAUGUCGCUAUGUGAUUACAGUACAUACUAUGAGGAUAUGCCAUCAUCCUUACCUGAAACCACCAGCCAAGGCUAAACCAAAGACAAUUCUCUGCUACCCACUACUCAUGCAAGAACAGUAUGACCAAUAUAUGCAUCAACAGACUAAAAAUAGAUAUUCAAAAGAGGCACAGGAAGGAGACAUUGCUGAUGAUGAGAAAGAAGAAGGAAAGGAGAGUAUCUCUGGAGAUCUAGACGACUAUGAUUAUGAAGACAGUGAUGAUGAUUUAGAACUACUUGAGGAACACCAUCUCAAUGGAGACGCAUCAAAUCUUGGACCAGACCUUACAGAAGGAGAGGUUGGUUCGUCUGCCAUGCACCCUGAUGAGCUAGCAAACUUACUUACAAAGGUUGUGGAAGGAGUACAAGGAACAAUCAAGAAAAUCAACUCUCAACUUGAAGGUGAUGGGACGCCAGGUGAUCAAAGCAGUGAUGAUGAUGAUGAUGAAGAAGAUGAUAUGGAGCUUCUCAAGAUGGACUAUAAGGUAUUGAUUGAUGCAGUCAAAUAUCUACCUACAGAGAAUCAAGCAGAAGCUAUGGAACUAAUCAAGGAGAUUGAAGAAACUUUUCAAAGUAUUGAUGCUAUGGAGAAGGUGCUAGAUCAAAUCGAUGAUGAUUUGGAGGAUUCAUCGCAGCAAUCAGACAUACCAUCAGAUAGCCCCUCCACAGACCCUGUCACAAUCUUAGAAACAAACAUGAAUGAUGACAUGAUUAUAGAAGAUGAAAUCAAUGAAGAUGUCACUGGAGAAAGUCUAAUGAAAGAAGAAAUGAAGGAGAAAGAGGAGGAGGACAAGGAGGAAUUUGAAGAGGAGGGGUUAGAUGAGAAUCACUUGACUGAAACAUCAAACAGGCUUAUUAGGAAGCUGAAAGAAAAUGAUGGUGUUCAAAGAGAUUCAUCCUCCUCAGAUAAUACUCCUUCAGAGUCUGGUGAUGUAAGCAACAGGGUCAGAGUACGGGUCACUAGGGUCAAAUUGGACAAGAAUCAGAAGGCAUCAUCUGAGCAGGAGGUCAAGUUUCUAGAUACAGAUCAUCAAGAUAUUGAAAAAGCCAUUUCAGAUCAAUUAGAGAAAUCUGGGGUAAAUAAGAAUGGUGCUAGUCAGUUUGAAGUGAGAAUUUUGAGCUAUGUACCAGAGGAAUGGCCAGAUCAAGGGACUGAAGAUGAAGGAUUCACUAUAUUGAAUGAGGAAGAUAGCAGCUAUUUUAGGAAUAUGAUCUUUAGUUUGGUGAUGAGGGAUGAUGGAGAGGUUCAAUCACGACAAGCCAAACUUCAAAAGAAUUAUGGAUUCCAGUGGAAUGCAGACCCAGAUAUGGACCAGUCUAAAAUAUCAGAUGAGAGCCAAGACCAAGAAGAGGUCCAGAUCCUCAUUCCAAGAUUCAGAACAAAAGAUUCUUCUCAAGAACAAGGUCAAUCAGAUCCUGAAAGUUAAGCAUCUAGAAAUGUUGAUAUUUUUAGCUCUGAUACUCGACUCAAAUUACUAUCUCUUUUGUUAUUGAUUGAAUCAGAUCCUUGCUCUGAAGCUGGACACAGAUUGUGUAUUUUGUGUUAUUGACUAAAUGACAGAGAAAAAUUUUCAGAAUAUAAUUUUGGAGUUAAAACAUACCAUCUCAAGUUAAUUCUGUGAUUACCAGUCCUUCAAAAUGUAAAGAGCAAUAAUAUGUAUAAUGAAUUCAAUAUCUUUAUUAUUUUGUUUGUAUGUGAAUAAUUAAUUCACUUAUAUGGGACAUUUUCUUCUGACUUUUGUGUUUGAUAUAUUCUUGUGAAUGUUUAACAUAUUGAUUGAGUGCAAUAAUGAAAUAACUAUUUGCAGGAUUCUAACAGACUACAAAGUUAACAAACAUUUUACAAGUGAAGUAAAUACUAUCAGCAACUCAUUUUGAGUAUCUGUUUCUGUCCCUAUUGUUUAGUGUGCUAUGUGUACCUUGUUAGUUUUGAAAUUAUUUAACUAUAUAGUUUAGCAAAAACAGUACUACAUAUUGAUCAAAGAGCUUUUUUGGUGGGGAUGAAAAGGCUGAGUAAAUCCUAAUACAGUGUUUAUGAAAAGUUCAGAUGUUUGUAAAUUCUCUUUUUAUUCCAAUUCAAAUUGUGAAAGAGAUUUAAAUGUUUGUCAGUUGCUCUAUAUAUUCUUCUAUUAAAUUAGUAGUUUCUGUUCUCGCUUGGACUUGAGUAAUCGCUAGAUGUUUUGUCUUAUGUAACAAAAUGGUGGGUGCAAAAAUCAAAAGGAGAGGGGAAUUAAAUCAUCAGUUGAUCAUUGAAUAUAUUUGAAUAAAAGUCUGUUUUUCUCAUGAUGUUAUGAUUUAUUUGCUUCAUGCAUGACUGAGGAUGAGUAUUGGGUAUAUAUUAAAAAGUACAAUAUAAAAUUCAAAGGAACAUCAUGUCAACAUGAUAAUUGUUCAUUAAAUUUUAUAUGACACCUAGAUAGAUCCUUGUCAUUUGAUUGGUUGUUUGAUAUCGAUCAUUCAGUCAAUUUUUACAAUGACGUCAUCAACCGUGCAAUUUAGGAUCCAUAGGAUUUUGUCCAUUGCACACGCGCACUGCUGCAGGCACUACAAGUAAGGUGUUUGCAACGUGCAUGUUGUAUGUACGCGACAAUCAACUGACGGAGCAUAUUUUGCAUCGAAAUUAAUAAAUUUCAUAUGAAAAAUAAUCUAUUCUUAAUAGUUAUCAUAUAUUAACCAAAUAAUGAAUGUUCUUUUCAUUUGUGCAAUGGACAGAAUACUUCAUUCGGUGACAGAUGAAAUGAACGAUCCAUUCAACGAGGCAUAGCCGAGUUGAAUGGAUCGUUUCAUCUUUCACCUCAUGAAGUAUUCUGUCCAUUGCACUCAUAAACAUUAUUUGUAUAUAAGAAAAUGUACAAAAAUAAUGUUCUAAUGUUGAUAGUUACCUAAUAGGCCAAGGAUUUUGAUUUAGUAACUGAUUUAUCUGUUAUUCUUCUGGGAUAUCAUUUUUCAGUCACGUUUUUAAAGGAAUUUGCAUAUAUGAGAAAGGUCAAAUCUUUUUCAUUGUAUCUUACUCUUUGGAUAGAUUUCCAAGUUCUGAAGAAAUUACAAAUUACUAAUCCUCAACCAAGCAUAAAGCAAAUGCAAUAUUGAAAUUACAAUAGUAAGGUGACACAUCAAAUAUAAUAAUUGAUGUGAUGAGCAUUUGGUUUAUAUGGGAAUACUUAUCAGACUGCUAUUUGAAAUUUGCCCUCUUCUCUCUGAAUUGGGGGCAGGUUGAUUUUGACAAACUUCUCUCAACAUUAUAAAACACUCUUCAUAUUUUGAAAUAUAUUUUUGACAGAGAUUUAGAAGUAGAAUGUAUACUGUGUAGUUAUAUCACACCUGAAAUAAAACCAAUUAAAGGGGAAUCCUACCUUGGUAAUAUAAAGAUUUUUAUUCGAGCAGAAAAAAUGGAUGGUGAAAGUCUGAAACAAAUUGAACGAGGAAUAUGGGGUACAUGGAACCUUGGAAUAUGCAAGUAAUAAAUUGGUGCAAAUGUCAAAUGAGCAGUUGAAUUUGGUUAAUUAUGACAAGUGAUAUAUGUCAGCAAAUAAUACAAACUCCUUUGUCUUGAUAAGAUAUCAUUAACAAGUAGUUUUUUAUUCCUGCUUUAAUUUAAUUAAAAAGUAUCAUAAAUAGCAUUUUCGUAGUUCCUUUUAAGUCAAACAUUUUGAAUAAGAUGUGAUUGACUAAUGUGUUAUGAAGCUAAUCUAGGAAAUUUCAUUGAUUCUUAGCACAGUGAGAAUAUGAAUUCUCAACUUCUUUUUAUGCAAGUUUGAUAAAAUUUUCACCAUCCUGCUACCGUGAUUUUUACUGUCAUUUUCAGAAGUACAUGCAGAUCAAAUUAUGGUCUAUGAUAUAAAGAGAAAGACCAUGAUGUUAUGUUACAGUAGUUCAACAUCUAUCUACAUGUAUUUGUAUAAAUAUGUAAUAUUACAAGUACAAUUUAAGGUGUAUCUGUGUUUGCCAUUUUGAUGUUCCAUAACACAAUUUACAAUAAAUGUAUUUCAACGGAAUGAUGGCGUUAAAAUAAAUCUUGGAAAAUGUAGUACAGCAAAUUUCAACUGGUUAUUAUCUAAUUUAAAUCUUGAUGUUUAACUUAUUUUGUUACAUUCUAUAAGUUAGCCAUAUUGGACACUUGCAAGAAGCCUUGCGAGACAUUGUUAUGGAGAUGAAAUUCUAUAUUUGAAGUGUGCUUUUGAUUUAAUCAUUAUACCAGUAUAUAUGUAUGUGAUACAUGUUAUAUUUUUGAUUGUAUCAUAUUCUUUCUCAGCACCUUAACACUUAUUCAUUUUUCACAUUUGACCUUACAUCUUUCUUUCCCCCUUCUCCUUUUAAUCCUUCUCCCUUUUUUUGAAAAAAUACCACAACCAUUUAUCUUUCAUUCUUUGUUAUAAGGAGUUUCUUCCUACUUUUCUAUUCUCCCUUUUUGGUAGGGAUCAAUCUUCUCCCUUUUUUUUUUGGGGGGGGGGAUCUACUUUGUUUAAAAAGAAAUUUGUGGUUUCUGAGUUGCCAUCUUAGAACAAUGUGUGUUUUUGUCAUUUUUAUUUACUCAACUCUAUGUGCCUUUACUUUUAUAACAUGUAUCAUACCAAAUAUUUAAGAUGGUUAUGUAAUCUGGUAAGGUUGCCAGAGGCUUGCCUGUCAUAUAUUUAUAUGCAUAUUGAUAAAUUAGUAUCUUUUGCAUCAUCAUAUAUGUUUGCAUAUCAAACUAGAGAAGAAAAAAAGAAUUAUGCAUAUCAAACAGGAUUCUCUUCCUUGCUAUACAAACUCACAUCAUGCAAAUAUAAUAUAACUUUUUAAAUUUGGGAAUAGCAAAUUUGUCAUGGCUUGUUACCACACCUGAGCAUCACACAACCCAUAAUGCUAGACAAACAUCCUUUGAAUAUAUUGUUUUCUCAUUUUAUUUGCUCAUUUAAGGGACAUAUUCUAUUUGUAUUUAUUUUUUCAGUUCAACAAUGUUUACCUUUGAAAUUUCAAACUCAACUUUUAAUUGAUUUAGGUUAGACUUUUGUUUUUUUCAUGAAAAUCAUUGUAUCUUAUUGAAAUUGUCAUACACCAUUAAUUUAACAGUGUUGCCUUGCAUGCUGGUCCAUUUACACAACUUUUCAUGUUGCAGUUUGACCUAUUAAAAGAGCCUUUGAAAGUCAUUAAGACAAUUCAAAAUGUGGACAUGAGAUCAAGAUGAAAUAGUUGUAAUUUGGGCUAAGCUAAGGUGUUUUAACUUAGGUCUGAAUGCUAUCACUGAAUGUCUUGAUGUCUCCCUGAAUGGUCUAUUUAACUUAUCCAGUAUCAUAAAUAAUUUUAUGUUUUAUUCUUAAUGUCUAUUGUACCAACAAUCUACUCUAUAAUCACAUUUUACCAAUUUAUUCAAACUAUUUACAGUGGGUUUUUUGUUUUUUUGGAAAGAAAUAUUUUGAGAUGUGAUCUUCUUUAAUCCAGUUAAUGUAGAGCAUUCCCACAAGUAAUAAUGUUAGAGGACAAAACAAUGACAUUUACCAUGUAACAAUAUUCUAUCACAGUUUGAUGUUUUAUUGUUAGUAAAUUAACAUGGCUGCUUAGGGGAAUGCUAUAUGAUUCCUUUUAUUACUGCAAUAAGAAAAAAAUCCAUUGUACCUUCAACUUUAUCAAUUUAGUUUUCCAAAUUUUUUCACUAAUUUUGUUCUUUGGAUUUUCUAUUUUGGAGAAGAACAUUUUUGAGAUCUAAUAUUCUUUAUCAUUUUUCAUUUCAAGUCUCAUUGUAAUAGCUGGCGGGUGUUUCAUAAAGCUGUUCGUAAGAUAAGAGCGACUUUAAGAACGACUGGUGAUCCUCUCUUUUGGUAAAUGGUAUACACCAUUGGCGACGGUUUAGCGCGUAAGAAAGGUUCACCAGUCGUUCUUAACUUACGAACAGCUUUAUGAAACGGCCCCCAGGUGUUUUCCUGUUUUCUCCCCAUUUUUCAAUGGAAUAAAUAUUUAUCUGCACUUCUUCUAAUAAUCUGCAAUUAUUUCUGUACAUGUUUUGCCUUACCUUUGUUCCAUCAUUCAUGCUUCUAAGGAUUGAUUCUUUUGAAAUUUGUUGUCUUCAUUGCCUUUAAAAUUUUGAGCAUUUUAGCAAGAUUCAUAUUUUCUUGGAAUAAUUUACUUUCAGUUUCUCACCUCAUUUCUAAAAAAUAGAGGUACUUACUCUCCAAGCAAGGGUUCCUUUUUUUCAAAUUAAUUUGUCUUCAUAUACAUGUAUCCGUUUCCUUUAAAAUAUAUUUCAUAGUAUUACUAGCUGUAUUACCAAUAGUCCCAAUCAAAUAUUCCUUCAUAUAUUUAUAUAGUUUGAUUAUAAUACUUGAGUUAUUCUUCAUUUUAGAAAUACCCUUUACAUUAUUUGUUGAGAUGAUUCAUGAAGGUGUAUUAACAUUUAUUGCAUGGCUUAAAAAAAUGACUGGAAUAUCAAGUGUGACUUGAUCUUAUACUUUUAAAAUUGUGGCUAUUUCAAUUCAUGCAAAUAAAUUGAAUUAGUGUUAAUGGGAACCUGCAUUAUUCAUGAUAUAUUUCAAAAACAUGUUUGGCUUGUUAUAUUUGAGUCAUCGCAAUUUUUAUUUCCAUUUAAUUUUCAACAACUUCUCUUGUUUUUGCAUAUUCCCUUAUAUAAUUGAAUAAACUUUGUGACCUAGACAGAAAUUUUGUAACAUGUACAUGUGCUGUGAAAGACUUUCUUUUUCACCAUUUUAUCUCUCUCUUUUGUGCCUACAUUUCUCUUCCAUCCUCCCUUCUCUUCCUUUCCUUCAUAAAUUCUCUCUUUUUCUCUGUUACUGUUUUGAUUCUCUAGCUCUCUUACUACCCCCCUUCACUCUGUCAAUGUCAUCUAUCAUGUGGUCACAAACGUGAUCACUAACAUUGUUAAUUUCAAUAAAUUGUUAACUUUCUUGUAUAAAUGUGUUCUGAUAACUGGAAUAAAUUAUUUUCAAUUCUAA